UCAUGCAUACUAUAGAGUCACUGUUAUACCUUUUUCUUUACAUUCAAGUCAUCACUCAAAAACGAUUCCGUUGGCAGCCGGAUAAGAGGGCAAGAUGUAUAAAACCAUUCUAAUCCUGUUGUUCGCCGGAGCGCUGAUUUACGAUGCUAAUGCUACAGAGUAUUCCUCUGGCGAACAAGAAAACACGGAUUUGAGCGCCAGUGGCUCAGACAGCGGAUUUGACAGCGGUUCCUCCCCCAUACCCACGCUCGAGGAAGACAUUGACUGGAAAGAAGUGAAUAUUGCACCUGAAGAUUGUAACGAUCAAAACGAGGACGAGUGUAGUGGGCUGGCUGAUGCUGGCCAGUGUCUUAAGCAGUUUUCCAGAAUGAAGACAGAAUGUCCAUGGAGCUGCCGAUUUUGUAGCAAGAAAGGGCUUUCGACCAAGGUAUGCAAAGAUUUAAACCGAGGCAAUUGUCCACGCUGGGCUGCAAAUAAUGACUGUAUUCGCUUGCCGGACUACAUGUCACAAAACUGCAAGAAAUCAUGUAAGCUGUGUGGUCCAGAAAACAAGUACGACGAUGAGGACGUCCGCUGUCCAGGAUGGGCGAAAGCAGGAUACUGUAAAUCAACUGUUGAUAUUAAUUUAAAAUGCCCAUACAGUUGCCGUAAAUACAGAAACAUCCCAGAAGCUCCUCGACCUUACCCAUAUCCUGUGUCGGCUCUCCAUCCUUAUCAAUACCAGCAAUAUCCGUAUCCUUAUCCAAGUCCAUAUCCUACCCCGUACCCUACACCCAGCCCGUAUCCUACCCCGUACCCUACACCCAGCCCGUAUCCAAGUCCUUACCCAAACCCGUAUCCUAGUCCUUACCCAAAUCCUAGUCCUAGUCCGUACCCAGCUCCUCCGACAACGCCUCCCCCUACCACACCCACCACACCCUCACCUUACCCCCAACCAGCACCGCAGCCUACACCUCAACCAGCACCAUAUCCUCAACCAGCACCCUCACCCUCACCUAUACCAGCUCCCUUGCCUACACCCAUGCCAGCACCCCAACCCAUGCCUACACCAGCUCCUAUGCCUUCACCGAUGCCAACCACUCCUCAGUAUGAACCAGCAUCUGGUGACAUGCCAAAAGACUCGGGCAAGAAGCACAGGAAAAGGAAAAUGAAUGACAAGAAAAAUAGGAAACACAAGAAGUACACCAAGAAAAGCACAAAGAAGCAUGACAAGAAACAGUAACACUUCGCGUGUUCCUUCCUACCCUACACUUUUGAAUUGUACUGUCAUAAUUCGAAAACUUGCAUUGAAACAAGUCUCUUAAAUUACAAGAGAGUUCGUUGCAAGAAUUUUAGACUUUUUAAUAUAUUUUUACCAAUUUUGCUGUCAAAAAGUGUGAAAAUAAAUCCGAAUAAGUAUAAAAAACAAUACGAAGAGUUAUAGAUUAUAGUAGAGUCUUAAUUCGAAGCAAUGCAUAGUUUGAAAUUGAAUAAAUUAAUUUUAACUAAUUUACGGUAUUUAAUUGAGGUAUCGCAUGAAGAUCUCAAAAACAAUUCUUAUUCACACUUCAAGGCCGUAGUCUAGCUCAAUGAAACAUAUUUCUGAUAUACGAAAAUAAAAUGUUCCUAGAAUUGUACCUUGGGGUAUGCCAGUUAAAUAUUUUGAGCAGGCUCAGACAUAACGAAUGCCUCGAUUAACAAGAAAAUGAAAAUGACUACUAUAUAAAAGACCUUUUUUGUUUGUUGUAUGACCUCACAAUCACAGCAGAGCUAUUUUCCAUUCACAAGCGGAAAUAAGAAUCACACCGAUAAAGUUAUGCAUAAUUGAUGGUUAAUUAAAAUCUAGAGUUGAUUCUAA